AUGUGUGAUCUGCCCGCACGUUCGCUACUUUUUUGCAAACUGGUUGAAAGGGGCACGAAAUCUAAUUUGAACAGCCUUUUUUUAAGCCCAUGGGACAGCAUUAAUGAUAAUAAUGAUAAUAAUGAUAAUAAUAAUAAUAAUAAUAAUAAUAGUAACCGUAGCAACAGCAGACAUGAAUUGAGCAGUAAUAUUGUAAUAGAGAUAGAAAAGUGCCUACAUAUGUAA